AUCGGCUGCAGCGGGAGACUUUGGCGCGAUGUCUCACACCAUCUUGCUGGUACAGCCUACCAAGAGGCCAGAAGGCAGAACUUACGCUGACUAUGAAUCUGUGAAUAAGUGUAUGGAAGGUGUUUGUAAAAUGUAUGAAGAACAUCUGAAGAGAAUGAAUCCCAACAGCCCCUCUAUCACAUAUGAUAUCAGUCGGUUGUUUGAUUUUAUUGAUAACCUGGCAGACCUCAGCUGCCUUGUUUACCGAGCUGAUACCCAGACAUACCAGCCUUAUAACAAAGAUUGGAUUAAAGAGAAGAUCUACGUGCUCCUUCAUCAACAGGCCCAACAGGCUGGGAAAUAGUUGAGUUUGGAAGCAUUAGGGGAAUGGGGGUGGGCUUGGAACACAGAUGUGUGCAGUGUGCUGUAGUGGAAGUUUUGUAUUAUAGUUAUCCUGUUUCCAUUUUGGUAUACCCUAGCCAGAAUUGAAUGUAUUAGAUAAAAUGUGAUGAUCUUGUCCAAUCUGAAAACCCCUUUGCCCCCCUCCCCCCCUCCUUUUUUUCACUUAAACAUUUUUAUGAUGAUUUAGAUGGAAGUUGGUUUUUGUCAGUUAACGUUGGUUCCAGUCCC